ACAAGUUAUAAGAUCUGAGUACAACAUGAUUUGAUUUGGAUUGGCCAUUACUCUCUGUUAUGGAUGCAUGGUUGAAAUAUUUUAUUUUUGCUCACAUGGGAAAUCAGCAAACCAAGCACCUGCAAGAUCUAACAACCAAAUCGUACUCAUCAAGAGAGAAAGAAUUAUAAAUUGGGUGAAGAAGAGGCUUCAAAUAUGCUAUGUAACAAUGGAAUCAAAGAAUUGGCCAAAAAAGUCAAACAAAAUAAGAGAGAUUGUAAAGCUUCAACAAAUAGUGAAGAAAUGGAAGAGAUUAGCAAAUGGUGAAAAGAGCAACAGCAGCAGCAACAACAAGUUGUUAAAGACUAGUGGGGUUUGGUUUACAGAUGGUGUUCCAAAAGGGUAUUUGGCAGUGUGUGUGGGGAAAGAGAUGAAGAGAUUUGUAAUCCCAACACAUUACUUAACUCACAAAGCAUUCAGAAUAUUGCUGCAAGAAGCUGAGGAAGAAUUUGGUUUUCAUCAACAAGGUGUUCUUCAGAUUCCAUGCCAUGUCUCUGUCUUUGAAGAUAUUCUCAACAUUGUUCAACAACAAAACGAUAACCAUUUUGCUUCUGAUGAUAAUGAAAUCAUUAGAUUAUGUUGCUCUCCUGAUUGUGAUCUAACUCAUCAUCAUCAUCCUCCUCAAAUUUGUACAUCACUUAUGUGAAUCAAUCAAUGUAUCAAUGUAACCUUUGUUGUUUC